AUGUCCGUGGAUCAGCAUGAGACAACAGCAUUACAUUACCCACCCAUCCAGGGACAUCCAUCUCAGCCCACCCCAGCCACGGUGCCCCCAGACUGGGGCUCCAUGAUGCUGCCCCCCCCCCCCUUCCAGUAUGUGUCAGCUGGUUCCCUGCGUCUCUCACCAGUACAACUGGAGCCCUGGUUGAUUUACAGGUUCCACAUGUGCAGGUUAGACUGAGCCGCCCUGCAGACAGCAGGCCUGCCAUACUGUAACAUACAAUGUCUUAGGGUUAAUAUGCUUUCUCUCCACAAAAGGUCCUGCCAUACAGUAAUAGUAAUAGGCCUGUCAUAGUACGCGCAGGAGGCCUCUGUGAUCAUUCUGAAAGAGAGUACUGUAUCAUACUGUACUGUAUUAACACAGGAGGGAAGACAGUGGGCAUAGUGCAUACACAUAAGGAGGGACAUUAUGCAUCUGAGACAUACAGGACUAAGGGGAGGAGAGUAACAGUAUGUCGCCUACUUGAUGGUGCAUCAGUGGGCUGUACCUGGGUCAGCCCUUAAUGACUUGGUCUUUAGUCUCUCUGCUCCUGUUAUACUGUAAAUGGCUGCUCUGAGCCCUGCAGGUGAAAAAAGUUGCUUUCCAGACAACUCUGUCUACCCUUCUCCCUCUUUUCUCUCUCUUUAUUGCGUUUAUGUUGACUCAGGGGAGAGACUGUUUGCAGAGCAGAUGCACACAGUCAAUCACUGCUGAAAAUAUAACUCUCAGGAGGUCUCGUACAGUGUGUUAUGUCUGUUCUGUCCUCCUUUUCCAACUUCCUCCUCUCAGACUGUUCCUGAAGAGUCACAGUGGGACAGCUGGCAGACAGAGCAGUAUGGUGAUCCACGGAGCAGACUUCAGCACCAAGGACAUGGACAAUGAUAACUGCAUAUGCAAGUGUGCCCUCAUGCUCACAGGGGGUAAGUACCAGGGUGUCCCCAUAAUGCACCACACUGCAGUGGUGAAAAUAUAGUUUACCAAGCUACCAAUUACUUCACAAUGGAAGAAGUUGAGCUACACUAAAGGUACCCUUAAAGUUACUUUGAAAAAGUAGUUUACUACAUCCAAACUAAUUAGGGAUCAAUUAUAAUAUCUAAAUCUGAAAUGUCAUAGAUUACAAAUUGAAAGAACAGGACACUCUUGGGUCAUAUGUUAAAAUAAUGCGUAAUUUAGCCUAUUAAACACAAAAGACGAUGUUUCAACUGAGAAUUAGGCAGGUCUGUUGCUGAAAAAAAAAACAGCCAGUCUCACAAUCCAGCAAUGUGCUUAGCAGGGCACUGACUUAGAUUUACAUAUUAUCAGUGCAGUGGUAAGCGGUGGGGGAAAUAGACACAUUGAGAAAAACAUUAGUAACCAAAGAGGAGAAAAAGAUUAAGAAAGUAAGGUCAGACUUAACAGGGUCUGUUGAAGUAUGGCAAUUACUUACAUCAGAGCAGAGGAGGCUGGUGGGAGGAGCUAUAGGAUGGGCUCAUUGUAAUGGCUGGAAUAGAAUACAUGGAAAGGUAUCAAACACAUCAAACAUAUGGAAACCACAUGUUUGACUCCAUUACAUUUAUUCCAUUUCAGCCAUUAAAAUGAGCCCGUCCUCCUAUAGCUCCUCCCACCAGCCUCCACUGACCUACAUACAUACACAAGCUCAGUCAUAGUGAACAGACCUAACCCAGACCUACUGAAUGUUCACUAGUAUACUGAGGUGACAAUGACAAAAGACUAUCCAGUUCUGGAAACAGACCACCAAGUGUUUCUAGCAGGGGCAUCUGUUUUUACAAGACAGUAAAAUCUCAGCCCUAGAAACAGAGGAUACUGAUCCAAUCGGAAUAAAUCCCCAUGGGAACACAAGUCACAGGGAACCAAUGGGAAACCUUUACCAACGUGAUCCCCAUGCCAAAGACGAGGACAGCAGUACUAACUGUGGGACUCGCUGGUAUGUCUGUGAAAUGUCACAGCCCAUACUGGCACUGGCAUUUAGGCCUGAGGGGAAGGGCUGUUCCGCACCAUAUGUCAACCUCCGAUUGACACAUCACAUCAGCCACACUAUGCCUCCCUGAAAUGGAAAGAUUUGUGUUGCUCAUUUUCAUGUGCUCUUUUGGUGCUAGCAAUGUAUUUUGCUGAAAUUACUAAGAGGAUAAAAAGGUCCAUGCAAAGGUUAAGCAUGAAGAAGAAAGGGGUGCAACAUCAUCAUAUGCAGGGAAUGUAAUUCUUACGAAUGCCAUUCCCAACAGAGCCUAUUUAAACCCAUGCACAUCUACCCUUUCUCUGAAUACCAUUGAGAGUAAACAGGUCCCAAAGGUGGUUAGCAACAGGCAGCCCCUGUGUACCUAUACCACAGUGACCAGAUACCUUUGUAAUGAUGUGUGAACAACUGCUAUAGCUAGUGUUGGAGUUCACUGUGGCACACUGUCAAGGUUCAACAUUACAGAACCAGAACAGAGAACUCAAUGUGAAGUUUACAGUCUUUCUUUUAUUCUCUCCCUCCGUUUCCCCCCCUGUUCUUUGCUCUGCCCAGGUUGGUGGUUCGACGCCUGCGGCCCGUCCAACCUCAACGGAAUGUACUUCACCAAAGGGCAACACGUCGGGAAGCUAAAUGGCAUCAAGUGGCACUACUUUAAGGGUCCCAGCUACUCGCUACGAGCAACAACCAUGAUGAUUCGACCACUGGACUUCUCAUAG